UUUCGUUUCUCUCUUCUGCAGUCAGCGAUGGCGUUCUCUGAUGCGAGGAAGGAGCUGGACUGUUCCAUCUGUCUGAACAUUUAUACCAAUCCUGUGACACUGAGAUGUGGACACAACUUCUGCCGGGAAUGUAUAGAAGGUGUUCUGGAUACACAGGGGGGGUCCGGAAUUUAUUGCUGUCCUGAAUGCAGAGGAGAGUCCCAGGAACGGCCUGAACUUAUCAGGAACAUAACACUGCGCAACAUAAUGGAGAGUUUCCGAUCUACCGAGCCAGAGAAGGAGGAGAAGGAGAGCCAGAUCUUCUGUACACAAUGUAUUCACUCUCCUGUAAUUGCUGUUAAAUCUUGUCUGCAUUGUGAAGCUUCUCUGUGUGAUGACCAUCUGAGAAUCCACAGUAAGUCACCCCAACAUGUCCUAUCUGACCUCACCACUCCCCAGAAGAACAGGAAAUGCUCCGUCCAUGAGAAGAUCCUGGAGUAUUACUGCACCGAGGACUCGGCCUGUCUCUGUGGGUCCUGCAGGCUGCAUGGAGACCAUCAGGAACACCAGGUGGAGGCUCUGGAGGAGGCCUCUGAGAAGAGGAAGGAGAACCUGACCAAUGCUCUGCAGGAGUUGGUGAAAAAGAGAGAAGAGAUGGAGGAAAGCAUCAAGAGUCUGCAGAAGUACAAGAGAAAAGUGCAAGACAGUGCAGACGGUGUAACCAAGAGAGUCACCGCCAUAUUCAGAGACAUCAGGAGACAACUGGACAUCCUGAAGAGGAGAGUUCUUAAAGAGAUAACUAGGAAGGCGGAGAGAGUCUCAUUCCCAGCCUCUGAUUUAAUUCAGGAUCUGGAGAUAAAGAAGGACGAUCUGUCCAGGGAGAUUCGUCACAUCGAGGAGAUAUGUAACAUGGCGGACCCACUGACUUUCCUACAGGAAUCAGACACAGGUGACUUGUGUGAUACUGAGGAUGAGGAUGAGGAGGACAAAAAUAGAUGCGAUAAACUCCUUCAUGGUGGGGGGGAACUGGAUGUGACUGGAAUUUCACACCUAUUAUAUACAGGAUUAUCUGAUCUAAUAACAGGGGUAUACAGAGGGAUCUAUAUACCAGAACCUGCAGAUAUAUUACUGGAUGCAGACACGGCUCAUAAUUACCUAAAUAUCUCAGAUGAUAGGAAGACCGCACACAGGAUAAAUAGAAAGUUUAAUCAUCCUCAUACACCAGAGAGAUUUCAGGUCUACCAAGUAGUAAGUAAAACUCGUUAUGAUAGUUAUCUAGGGAAGGACAUUCCAUCCGAAUACAGGGAAGUGAUAUCUCCUCAGGUGAUGAGCAGUCAGAGUUUCUCCUCAGGGAGACAUUACUGGGAUGUGGAUGUUGGGGGAUCAUCACAGUGGAGAGUCGGGAUGUGUUACCCCAGUAUAGCCAGGACAGGAGAAGCGUCAGAGAUUGGAUACAAUGAGAAGUCCUGGUGUCUGGAGAGGAAUGGUGAUAAGUUAUUUGUGACACAUAAAAAUAAAUCAAACAAUAUAUUGGCCAACAUCCCAAUACACAGAGUCAGGGUGUAUCUGGAUUAUAAGGCGGAGCGUCUCUCUUUUUACAAGUUGGAUAUUCCGAUCCAACACCUCCACACCUUCACUGACUUCUUCAAUGAGUCCCUCCAUGCUGUGGUAUAUGUGGGAGCAGGUUGUAUAAAGAUAGGUGGGGGGGAGGGCGACAGGACAUGUGACAAAUGUGCCUAGAGACUUGUGACAUCACAGGAAGGUUGAUUAUGAUUGGUGGGAUCUUCUAUCGUGUUAAGUGGUGGAUUUAGCCUAGGUUUAUUGUGACCUGAAAGUCGUGUGAUUUUUGAUGUGACUUGAAGCAAUGCCUGUGUAUUCUUCAGAUCUAUGGACCUCAAGUCACAUCAAAGUAGGACAAAAGUAGU